AAUGAAUCCGAUUUUGAAAUCAAAUGGCAGAUCCUUUUUUAAAAAGGCUAACUUCUAUUAUUUCAGAAUAUCAAAUCUCUCAUAUGAAGAAACAUUUAGACUAUUAUUCAUACUUUUAGCAUGUAAUUCUAUUCGAUAAAUACUAGCUAUUCUUUCCUUUUUUGUUUUUGAUGCCUUACAUUUUAGAUAGUACUUAAUAAUGACUGAUGUUCCUGUUAUAUCAUAUUCAAGUUUCAGCAUUAUGUUAUUUGGAUUAAUCAUUGUUCAUGUAAGAAGAAUAUUAAAUUUUUAGUACUCUAAGUGGUCUGUAAAUUACUUAUGCCAUGAUUUUGUUUAUAGGACUAUUUCCACAUAAUAUUAAGGAGAAUUUAGAGAUGUAAGAGUUAAAAAAAUUUUAAAAUGGUUAUUUGAUGGAGUAUACUAUUCAACAACAUCUGUAUAUAUUGUAUUUGAAUAUUUUUAGAUACUUUGUUGGUAUUUCUUCCAUGAAGAACCUUGGUAUCCAAAUGGACUAGGAGGUACCAAUUACACAGGUAUUUGGUAAGAUUUCCCUAAUAUGAUCAAUGUAACUCUCCAUAUAAUUAUUUUAGAAUAAAUGGGUGAUUCCCUUUUAUAUGAUUUAAACAGCAAAUCAUUUAUAUGCAUUGAUACACUUAGCAAUAAAGAGAAAGGAAGUAGAAACCAAGUAUUGGGAAUAUAUGUUGCAUCACACCCUUGCAACCUGUUUGCUCAUCUUCUCAGCCCUUUAUAAUCAAUGUUAGAAUAUAAUAUUUAUCAUUUAGUUCGAUUUGGAAUUGUUGUAUUGGGAAUUCAUGAUAUUGCUGAUAUCAUUUUAUCUCUCUCAAGAGCUUAGCAUGACUUAAAAUCAAUCAAAUCUCUUAUGUAUAUCCAAUACGUGUUACUAUUGUUUACAUGGAUUUAUACCAGGGUGAUUAUAUUCCCUUAAAUUAUUUUGGAAGCAAUAUUAAACUACUAAGAUUAGUAAAUAAAUUUUCAUAUUAUUUUCUAGUCCUGAAGCAGCUUGGGGAAAUAAAUAUCUCAUUAUAUAGAUGUGUAUUUUACUUGGUAUGCACAUAUAUUGGACCUACUUUAUGAUGCAGAUUGGAAUUAAUGUGUUUAAAAAGGGCAAAAAAUAUGAAGAAAUAAAUACAUAUGACAAUAAAGAAAUUCUGAAAUAAGGAAGAAAUUGAUA